AUGCCAUCCAACACCGUUGAUACGCUGGAAGAACCAAUGGCGACUACGCAAGAUGCUAUUUUCACAUCAGAUAGCGUACAUUCAUACGGCAGUUUGAGCGAAACAGGGGAUUCUCCUAUCCCAUUGUCGAUAUCAGCUGCUUCUACUGCUCGAGUGAGUACUACAGCGCGACAUGAAGAAAUCAGUCCAACUUCGUCCAUUAGAAUAAUUGCAUGCUCCAACGCAUUGGAUAACGGACCUAUAGCCGUUGCUUCAUGUAGCAACGUCGAUACCAGCCAUCUUCCUUCUACCAAAACCUCGCCAACGGUAGUGGAGCAGAGCGCCUCGUCUGUCAUGACACCUUCGCCAACGGAAUAUAGCGUUCCGACGAAAGAUAGUGUUCCAGAAGAUGAAUUGGUGCCACUGCAAACAGUUUCCGUUGCCUCAACUACACGCAUCAACGGCGACCCCAUAAAAGAAACCCCAAACGAAAAGUCGUCGUCGAAACAGAGUGAUUUGCCACCUUCAUCCACAAGCAUUAUAUCAGCAACAACAGUCAUGAUAGAAUCAGCACCGACCGACCACUCAGACACACCUAAGCAUUCAAAAAAGCUAACGCUGGAUAAUGCAGUUCCAAUGUUAUCCACAGAAGCAUUAACGAUUCCUUCAUCAGAGACCGUACCCUCGACUUUUUAUUCGUCCUUGCAGCAGUCUGCCCAUGAACCCUCUAGUGCUAAAAGCACAAAGCCGACAGCCAGCGCCAGUAGCACAAGCGAGAUGGCUGCUCAAGCGUCUGCCAAUGUGAAUAUGUCUGCGAUGACCUCUGAAGCAACAAGCAUGCCAAGUCAAACAAAUCAGGGAGACCCGUUAUAUUCAAUGAGCAGCAACUCGUCUCUGGCAAACAAUACUCCCCAAGAAGGCAAAGAUGGCAUACCGGAAUUUAUUGCACCAAAUAUCAGGAAACCACUCCCAGCGGCAAGCAGCAUCGCUUACAUACGGUUCAAAUAUCUGUCCUAUGAACAAUUACUGCAAAGCCCGCCGUUAACAACCCAGUUUCUUCAGUCACUCCCGGUACUGAUCAGCAAUGUGUUGAACACUACGGUCGAUGAUAUUAUGAUUAUUUUUGUCACUAGCUCCACCAACCAUAUUAAAAAGCGAGAUGAAGCACCAGUGGAUGGCCUCGUUGUAUCUAUGGCGAUUCCGGCGGAAAAAGUAAACUUGCUACAGGAUCUGGUGGCGAAUCCUGCAAGCGCGCUUUACCAACCAUCGAACGGACAGCUGGCGAUGCUGAUUGACCCCUCAUUCUCGGUGACGAAAAUCGACAAAGUGACGCCGUUCAAUGAAGCAACACCUGUCGAUGUCCCAGCAGAUGGAUCUUCAUCAGGAGCUCUGGCACCCGAGACAACAGGAACGACCGCCAGUGCGCCGAUUCCUGGUUUAUCCCGGGGAGUUCUCAUUGGCGUUGGUAUAUCUAUCGGUGUCGCAAUUUACACCGUCAUUGUCUUGCUUGCAUUUCGUCUGUAUCGGCGUUGCAAAAAGCAACAUGCCAAAAAACGACAUCAAUGGGUGGCCCAGAACAUUUCUGCACCCAUCAUGCAAGGGAACUCGGGAUACAACGCCCUGUGA